CUGCAUAUAAUUCAAGAUAUCAGAAUGGCCACCAUGAGAGCUUCUCCUCUUCCCUCCGCACUCCGCAUAACCCGUGCGCCACACCUCUCGGCCGCCGCCGCUCCAUAUUUGCCGGCCAGAGAGAGGUCACAUCUACUGUCAUGUCAGCCGCAGCAGCAGCAGCAGGAUGCUCUGUUUUUGGACGGCCUUCUGGUUCCCACCACUUUUGAGGAUGUGCCAUCUUUUCCGGCUAAAAGGAGGUCACAGCUACCGCCGCAGCAAGACCCUCCUUUUCUUGAUGGCGGCCUGAUUCGUAAUGCUGCUGAUGCGCCAUACUUCCCGGCCGGAAGGAGGUCUGGGAUUGAGACAGCUUAUGCCCCGCGGGAUAGGAGGUCACAAUUACCGCCGCCGCGCCGUCAACGUCAGUAUGAUUUGUUUGUAGACGGCGUUCUGGUUUCCACCGGCUUUAUAGAUGCGCCAUCUUUCCCGGCCGCCGUUUCCCCGCCUUCGCGGGCAGCAGUUGCCAGAAGAGAGAGUGAGAUUUGUCGUAUGUGUUUGGACGACUUCAUUCCCCACAAUUUCGACGCUAAAUGCAUUAUCAAAUGGCUGCAGAGAAACCGGUGUCUUCUGUGCAGGACAGCACCCAUAAAUCCAUAAUUGAUUGAAACAAAAAAAUUAAAAGUCAAUUGGGUUGAGAUUUUUAUUUGUGGAUUUUUUAAAUAUCUCCUCUCUA